AUGAAUGCUGACUUUAAGAACGCCUUCGAAGCUCUUCAUAGUAAGGUGAAACUAGUGAACGACUUCUCAUCUGGAAAGAAACUGAAGUCUGAAGGUUUCGACAAAGAGUUAAAAGAAGUAGCACAAAAUAUGACGAAAAUAACAGAUGCAGCAACGAGACAGGCAGUUCAAAGUGCCUAUGACGCCGUUAGAGCAACUGUUGUGGAAAGUCAAGAAAAAGAGUUACAACAGACCAAAACAGACCUAGUAAAUGCUUUCUUAAGAACGAAAAGUCAGGUAGGACAUUAUGCUGCAGAUGACUUAGAUAGCGAACUUGUUGAAAACGGUCUCGGAAUAUAUGAAAUGCCAGCAGAUGAGGUACAAGAAACUCCACAGGAAGAAGUUCAGAUACAACCAGACAUGGAAGAAAUAGUUCAGCAACAACAGCUAGAAGAGCCUGAAGGAAACGAACAAGUCCCUCCUUUGGAAACUACAGAAAUAAAUGACGCAAGACUGAAACGUUGGGUAGAAGCUUUCCCAUUCACAAAGGAUAUUAUUGGUAACAUGGAAAGAAAACCAGAAUGGCUACAAAAACAUAUAUUUGGAAACGAGCUUAUUCCAUAUGGACAGGCACUGUUUGAAGAGCUUGAACCGGAAACUCAGGAAAGAGUCAUGCAAACAAUACGCGAAGACUCAAAUACAAACUAUGACAAACUCUUUCUAGGAUAUAGGUUACCUGAGAUGGGCGACCAGAGCCCAAAGGCAAAAAGGACAUGGGAAAUUUACAACAUACUAGGUGAACAUGAGGCAAAGAUGCAACAACUUGAAGCAGAGGGCAAGUUACCAAAAGCGACACCAAAGAAGAAGAGAAGAGUAGAACAAAGUGAAAGUAGUGAAGAAGUAGCUUCAUCUAGUGAAAGUAGUGGCAAUGAAGGAAAAAGAAGAGUUAAAAACUCAGUCAGGAAGAAAGUAAAGCUUGGUCGGAGUGGGUUCUAUUAUGACACAUAA